AUGUCCCGCGCCCUUCGACACACUCUGAGACCCAGACAUGCUCUGUCGUUUCAAAGGCACAUCUCAACUCGAGAUAUGUCUGCAAAUGACUUGAACAAGUUAAAAGUUAACCAAUCUCGUAUGAUGGAUACACUACAUCAAACAUGCGUCUGGGGAACUGGACUCCGAUGGGGAGACAAACCAACAGAUACAGGAAUGUCACGGCUGGCACUAUCGGACGCAGACAAAACAGUUAGAGAUUGGUUUGUCAAAACUACAAAGUCUCUAGGCUGUAAAGUGACCAUCGACGCCAUUGGAAACAUCUUUGCGGUUCGUCCAGGUCGAAAAGAUGGACCUCCGACACUCGCGGGAAGUCAUCUAGACACUCAACCUUCGGGCGGCCGAUACGAUGGAAUCUUAGGUAUCCAAGCAGGUAUUGAGAUGCUCAAAAUCCUCCAAGAGCAUGAUGUCGAGACUGAGUACCCUACUGACAAUUCUGACUUUAGUGAGGAGGGUGCACGAUUCCCUAUAAGCAUGAUGGCUUCUGGAGUAUGGGCUGAGUCAAUUGCCCUUGAGCGAGCUCACUCCUUGAAGGAAGUCGCUGGAAACGCAACAGUCAAGGCAGAACUGGAAAGAAUUGGGUAUCUUGGUGAAACACCCGCCAGCUUCAAGUCUAUGCCAAUCGGUGCUCAUUUUGAACUUCAUAUCGAGCAGGGACCAAUUUUGGAGCGUGCUCAAAAGAACAUCGGCGUAGUACAAGGCGUUCAAGCGUACAAGUGGUUUACUAUUGAUGUCACUGGAAGAGAUGCACACACCGGCUCGACUCCUUUCGCUGAUCGGGCAGAUGCUCUUCUCCUUGCUGCACGAUUGAUCACCCAUUCCCAUCGAUUGGCAACCAAACAUAGUGCUCUCGCUUCAACCGGAAUUCUCAAUCUCACGCCUGGGAGCACCAACACGAUCCCCGGCCAUGUCAGCUUCUCUCUUGACAUUCGAUCACCAUCUGAUGAGACAGUGGAGACGCUUGAGAAAGAAUUACGCCGCGAUUUCGAUCUAUUGGCUCGUGGAACAGAUGUAGAUGGACUAUUAGCUGGCUCAACUUCUGCUCUACCUCUAUCUCUCGAAUGGCGAACCGAUACUGUCUCGAAUGCGACCAAAUUCCACCCCGACUGUAUCCAAGCCGUUAGAGACUCCGCCGAAUCAAUCCUCGGUAAAGACGCUGCCAUAGAUAUCUCCAGUGGUGCUGGUCACGAUAGUGUGUACACGAACAAACAUUGUCCCACGACCAUGAUCUUCAUCCCCUGCAAAGGAGGAGUCAGUCAUAAUCCGGAGGAAUAUUCUACGCCUGAGGAAUGUGUCAUUGGAGCAGAGGUUUUGUGCCAGGCAGUCGUGCGAUAUGAUCAAAAAAGGGUGUAA